AGAUUCAACAUUCAAGUGAGGAACCAUAGCUAGCUUAACCAGACAGCCUCUUUAUAUGUGAGCGUGCCCGUCCAUCUUAGCAGCAGCCAGCCACGCAGCUAGCUAGCCAAGACCAUGGGUUCCAAGAAGGGCAGCAGCAGCGUUGUUCUCCCGGGUGUAUUCCUAGGCCUAGCGCUGCUCCUUGUGGUGGCGGAGGCACGCGACUGCGUGUUCUGCAAGGACAUGCCGGGCAUCUCGUCCGGCAGCGGUGCUGUGCUUCUGGUGGACAAUGGGGCAACAGAAGGGCAAGAAGCAGGCGGAGGAGUUGCGCUACGGGCAGUGCUGGCCGAGGGGCUGAAGAAGACCACAAUCAUGGCUAGCUGCUAUUUGCAGUGCCUUCCUUAUAUGCACUACCCAUAUGUUUACGCAUCCUGCAUGAAUCAGUGCCACCCUGGUGCCGGAAUCGUCGGUGUCUUGGAGGAUGCCAAGCAGAUGAGGAAGAUGAAGCAGCAACAGCAAGAGAAAGCAAGAGGAGGAGGAUUUGAGGUGCUGGCCAUGCCAACCGAGCAUGCCGGACGGGAAUAAGAAGGGAAGCGGAAGAUGAUGCCUUCUGCAAGGCCAUCUCACAACCCAAGAAGGGCGACGCCCGUGAGUACAUGGUGUUUUAGUUCCUGGUGGAUUCCCAUGGUCGAUCUCACCAAUUAGGUGAUCGAUCUUUCUCAACUACUUGUUGUAAGGUUAUUAUCAUAUUUGCAUCAUUUCGUUAUUUUUUAGUUUCCCAUCGAUCCCUUUCCCUUUCCUUGGCAAAAAAGAAGUAGUUGUUGUUGAACUAUUUGUUUUAUGGUGUCAUAUGGUGGCAUUGCCAAA